UUAAAGGCUUUUGUUUUUUAACAACUCUGACCAUCAAGUUGGCGAGUUCUUUCCUGGCCACAUGGGGCUUUUGUUUACUGCAGUUGCUGCAUAGCUGAGUGUGUUGUGCACCAGUUCUUAAACUCCUGCCAUCCAAUCAGCUUCAUCCUGCGCAGGCGUCACUUCCUUCCCAAUGGAUACUGCAGUCAAUCUGUGUAUUCAUUAAAGUGUGUGUCUCCGCAGUGGUCCUAUCCGGGAUCCCCACUGCUAAAAUCCCACCUCCCCCCAGGCUCAGUCCUCCCAGCUGACCCACCCAUCCCCCCUUCCCUCACACACCCGUGCCACAUGAGGCCCUGCAGUGUGACUCAGUGGACAAACUUACACCAGUCUGAGAGUCUGGCCCAGGCUUUCCCCAGCUGCACACCUCAUUUUUUCCAGCGCAAGAGACUCCAAGUGUUAGUUUUUCCCAUUCUGUAAAGGCAUUCCUGCUAUGGCGAAUUCGCUGAAGGCAAAUGUAAGAUUGAUGGCAAAGGACGAGAUCAGAGAGGAGAAGGAAGGAACUAAAGAAAUGAAUGACACCCUGGAAGAGCCUGGAGAAGAGGAAGAGGAUGAAGAAGAGAGAAAGGCACGGGCCGCAACAGAGGAGACAGCAGCCAGAGAGAGAGCCGAUCAGAGGCAGCUCAUGACUAUAGAGGAGCUGGUGCAGACUGAGAGGAACUACCUGAAACAUAUGCAGCUCUGUACAGUCACCAUCAACAGCAACCUGCAGAAACUCCAGCCUCCUCCACCGAACCUAGAGAACAUGUUCCAGCACAUUGAUGAAGUGAUGGAUGUUUCCAGCAGACUCCUGAGCCUGCUAGACCAGGCACAGAUACAUCACAGCGACCCGAAAUACCUGCAAACUCUCUGUGACGCUUUCCUUAGUCUGUCUCAAGAUAUAGAGAUGGCCUAUAAGGAAUAUCUUGCCAACUACAACAACAUCACUGCUCUAGAGAACAGCUACAAACAGAAAGAGGCCCUGUGGUUAGAAAUGAUCCGAAUCAUCAAGUCAUCUGCUCCUGAUGUGAAUGCGUCCACUCUGAGUUUCUUCCUGGUGAUGCCGGUUCAGAGAAUCGCCCGUUACCCCCUGCUGCUCCAGACCAUCCAGAAACACACAGACCCCCGACACCCAGCCUACCUAAUCCUGGAGCACACCGCUCACACUGCGGUCCAGAUCAACUGCAGGAUCAAUGAAUACAAACGCUUCCGUGAAGUGGCUGACAAGUACAAGAAGACAGAGAACCUGACCAUCAAGGACAAGAUCAAUCGACUCAGUGGCCACAGUAUUGCCAAGAAGACGGCCCGGUUUAGCCAGUACAUAAAGCAUGAGACAGGAAUGGUGCCAAAGGUAAAGGAUGAAGAAUAUGAUGCUCUUGCUGGCUUCUUCUUUGUCCUGGAGAGGGGCGUCUCAGAGCUUCAUGAUAACAUGGAGGCUUAUCUCCACCAUCUACAGAGGUUCCUCAGCUGGAGACCAGAGGAAGCUGAUCUUGAUCUGGAAGGGGAGAAAACUGCCUUGUUCUCUAAAGAAAUCACAGUAGCACUCAGACAGUGGAUUUACCCGUCAUAUGAGAGUCGUUUGAAGACACUAGUCUUUAAGCCCUUGAGCUCACUGCAAGAGCUGAUGGCUGGACCACGAAACCUCAUCCGCAAACGUCAAGACAAGCUCCUGGACUAUGAGCUAAUCGAGGAGAAGAGUAACCUGAGUUUUGAGGAGCAAGCUAUAGCUAACACCUACAAGACCAUCAACACUCUGCUGCUGACCGAGCUGCCGCAGUUCAAUGGGAAAGCCCUUCAGCUCCUGUGGGCCACGCUUGAGGCCUUCAGCUGCCUGCAGAGAGACCUGGCGGCGGAUAUGGAGCAGCUCGCCACCAGCUUUACCCAUCAGCUCCCACACAGUUAUUUGGAAGCUGGUGAGUUCUGGAAGUGGGCAGAGACUUCGGUGCUGGAGGGUUCGAGGAGGAUGGAGAGCCUGUGUCAGAGUGUUCAAGAUGAGCUCAAUGCUCCCAUUGUGCAGCCGCCCACUCCCGCGUGUGAGCAGCGUCUCAAGGCUCUGAACGCUAAGCAUGGCUCGGAGAAGAUCUACCAGCUGACAGGCCCUGUGGUGGGCACCCGUGACCUUGACCUGACCCUCAGUAAGGGAGAGCUGGUAGCUGUCGUCAGUGAGAUGGACACGCGAGGAGACCGUCGCCGCUGGCUGGUUGAUGCAGGAGGCCCGAGAGGAUAUGUGCCUGCUUCAAAACUGACACGCUACCACCAGUUGACUGUUGACCCUCCACAGUCUCCUCAUCUGAACGUCGUGCCCACGGGUCCAGGACCCCGAAGACACUCCUACACACCCGGAGCCCAGCCGCUCCUAAACAACGUGUCCACGCCCUGUUUUCAGGUGUACGCGGGCUAUGACUUCACCGCGAGGAGCAGUCGGGAGAUUUCUCUGAGGGCUGGUGAGCCGGUGCGGGUGGUGGAGCCUCACGAUAAGCGUGGAAACAAGGAAUGGAGUCUGGUGGAGACGCGUGGCCAGAGAGGCUACGUCCCCUCCAACUACCUUGCCAUCCUCCCCUCUGUGAUCGCCUCACCCACCUUCCCCUAUCGCUAGCUGUGGAUAAUAUCCAUGACAUAACAUCAUCUGCUGCUGCUAAGAGUCUGCUAGCCAGUAUCCAAACACACACAGACCAUGAGAAGCACUUUCCCUUUAGGGCUCUUCAUACGUGAGGGGGGCGGAUGGCUGCUGUUUGAUGCGUCAUUUGACUGGUGUAUGUACUGGAGUGGUGCUUGCGCCCUGCUGUGGAGUGGUCGUCCAUAUACUUGAUCUCCGCUUUGCCCAGGACUGUUACUGGUGGAGAUAGUUUUAUCCAAUGAGGGAAGAGCUGCAGGGGCAUGCAGAGACAUGCUGUUGUAGCGCACAGCUACUGGUGGAGUGUGCUGUUUCCUAGACUUACCGCUAGGAUCAACACCUCAGCCGCCCGUUAAAUGAUGCUUUGGGCUGCCCUGGUACUAACUUGUCUGCUUCACUGUCUUACUAUUGAAGAAACUGAGAAUAAGGAUUUUAUUUUUAAGAGUCAAACCUCUUUUGCGCUGGUUUCAGGUUUACUUGAGAUGACUAACAUGCAGACUUAAAGACAAGAUUUUACAAAAUAUUCUUACAAAAUUAUUGCUUUUGUACCAUUUUAGUAAUACUUGAUGGACAGUUUUAUUGUUAUUUAAAUGUAUACAGUGGAUCUAAAAAGUAUUUGUACACUAAGGACACAAAUUCCUAUAAAAUAAUACAUGGCAUUAAUGUAUAGAUAACAAAAUAUCAAUCCAACUGAUAAUAGAUAUAUGGUUCAAUAUUAAGGCAAAAAAAAAAGUGGUCGACCAAUAUAUUGCCUAUGCCAAUAAUUGCCUCUUUU